UACUUUCAAUAAGGCUCCCCACAUCGAAUAUGGAUAAGGUGCCAAGUAUCAUCCGCCCUUGGCCAAUUGAAGGAGUGUGAUGUGUGGGGUCCCCGCUCGUUGUACACAUUGCACAGCGUAGCGAGCCCAUGUGAGGCGUUCGGCAUUUGGGUAAAUACAUCUGCCUUUCACCCAGCCUGGGCAUUGAUCUGCAGGGCUAUAAGGGUCCUGAGGUCGCGGAAACAAAAUGUUUACCGCCGGUAUCUUCACGCUCACACAGAAGUGCAUUGCAGCAUCAUGACAGAAGUCAGGCAAGAAUCAUGGAAGGAUCACUCGCGACUGUUUUUGGCCGCGGGUGUCAUGAUCCUUUCCCCUUUCCAGUAUGGAAUUGACUUUGGCAUGAUUGGAGGUCUGCAGGCCAUGCCAGGUUUCCUCAAGAUCUACGGAUACCAAUGCCCAACGUCCAAGUGUCCUGGAGGAUGGAACAUCCAGACAGAGCGACAGCAGUUGAUCUCAUCUCUCAUGACGUUGGGAGCAUUUAUCUCUGCCGGCUUCGCAGGCGUUGCAGCCAACAAGUUAGGACGUAAAGCUUGUCUCUGGAUUGCGUGCCUCGUCUGUACUGUUGCCAACAUCAUCAUGAUGACCACGACACACAUUGGCGCACUCUACGUCGGCCGUCUUGUUAUCGGUCUCGCGAACGGCUACUUCAUGACCUUCUCGCAGCUUUACAUCCAGGAGAGUAGCACCGCAAAGUACCGUGGACUGUUCCUGACUGGCUUCCAAUUCUUCACUUCUUUGGGCACGUUGAUCGGUACCAUCGUCGACUGGGCUACUGCAAACAGGCCCGACAAGUCCUCCUACCUGAUUCCACUCGGACUUAUCUACGUCGUUCCGUUCUUCAUCUCCAUAGGCAUGUGGUUUAUACCCGAGUCCCCUCGCUGGCUCAUCCUGCAAGGCCGAUACGCGGAGGGUAGAGACGCACUCGAAUGGCUCCGUCCACAAGGAUACGAUUUCGAGGCCGAAGCCGCAGAGAUUCAGGCCGCAAUUGACAAGGAGAAGGAAUCCAGCUCGGGCAUUGGACCACUGGACAUGAUCAAGAACCCCACCGACCGCCGCCGUACCGUGCUCGCUGUAUGCGCCGUGACUCUGCAAGCCGCUUCAGGCGCCAUGUUCAUCAUCGCAUACAAAGCCUACUUCUUCAAGAUGGCCAAGGUCUCCGACCCCUUCGCCAUGACCAACGUCCUCAGCACCAUCGGCAUAAUCGCCAUCCUCGCCAACUCCCUCAUCAUCAUCAAAUUCGGCCGGCGCCGCGUACUCCUCAUGUCCGGCCUCAUAAUCUGCGGCAUACUGCAGCUCAUCGUCGCGGUAGUCUACGACAAGAAGCCCGGCACCAAGACCACCGGCACCGUCAUCGUCGCCUUGUCCUGCCUCUACAUGUUCAGCUACAACGGCAUGAUAGCCACCUACGCCUGGCUCGCCGGCGGCGAACUCCCGACCCAGCGCCUCCGCUCCUACACUUUCGGGCUCGCGGCCGCGGUGGGGUUCGCGGGUGCUUGGCUCACGACGUUCACGGCGCCGUACUUUAUCAACCCGGCUGCGCUCAACUGGGGCCCGAGGUACGGGUAUAUUUGGUUCCCGUCCUGCGUGAUCGGCGCGCUGUGGGUGUUCUUUUAUCUGCCGGAGGUCAAGAACCGCACGUUAGAGGAGAUUGACGAGAUGUUUGAGGCGAGGCUGCCCGCGAGGAAGUUCGCGUCGUAUAAGUGUGUGGGUGUGAUUAAUAAUCUAAACGCGGAGGCGAGGAGGAGUAUUGAGGAGGAGAAGGAGGUGCAGGUUUUCAGGAGCGAGAAGGUGGCGGCUGAGACGACGAUAUCGAAAGAGUAG